AACAACAGCAUCAAUACAUACUGGCACUUUGUUCACUUUUUCACUUUCUAACAUUUUGAACAACGGAUCUAACGAGGAAAAUUUAGCAUUUAGUUUCCCAUGCAUGAAGCUGAUGUUUGUCUGGUUUCCACAUUAUUUGGGGGGAAAAACUGAUAGACCUUACUUAAUCGACUUGUGUGAACCCUGGUUUGGAGAGAAUAGAUUGCACUGCAUGCAGCAAGGUGAGACGUGUCGACAGGCAGGUGGUGUUUUCUUCAGGUCAUUUCGAGACUGAUAAAGAUGCAUGUUGGUAACUGUUGUAAACUGGACUGACUACGGAAGCACAUGGGAAUUGAUGUAGACUGUUUACCUCCUGAACAACACUCCACAGCUCCCCUUCGCCCCUCUGAGUUAUUGCCUGGUGGAUGUUUACUACCAGUUGUUGUCAGCCUUGCGCCUCCUUCCCACUGGUUGGUCCAUUGGAAUAGAGCCUCCAGAUUGACCUAUAUUUCCCAAAAAUGAAUUUCGACCAGAUCCUCUCUGCCGUCGGAGGCUUUGGCAAAUAUCAGAAAAUUCUGUACAUAUGGAUUUGUUUACCCCAGAUCCUCCUCGCGUUCCAUAUGAUGGUGAGCAUCUUUACUGGAUCCACGCCGCCCCACCACUGCCGGGACAGCUCGAUCUCAGUGGCCGGGAAUCAAUCCCAUUUUCUCGGUACACUCAGCCUGAACUUCAGCCUCUCGGAUUCCUCCUGCUUUUCAUCCGAUGAUCUGCUGGAGAGCAACCGGACUGAGCGCGUCCCAUGUAGCCAGGGAUGGGUGUACAGCAAGGAGACUUUCCAGAGUACAACAGUCACCGAGUGGGACCUGGUGUGUAACAAAGCUGGACUAAACAGUCUCGGUUCGUCUAUCUACAUGUUUGGCCUGUUGGUGGGAUCUGUGCUGUUUGGAGCCAUGGCUGACAGGUACGGCCGGCGUUUCAUCCUGCUGCUGUCCAUCGCUCUUCAGACUGGGUUUGGAGUCGCUGUGGCCUUUGCACCGAACUUCUCCGUCUAUGUGAUUCUUCGCUUUCUGGUUGGCACCACGGUUUCCGGAGUCAUCAUCAAUGCCUUUGUACUUGGCACUGAGUGGACGUGCACCAAGAGGCGCAUGCUAGCCGGUAUCUUCACCGACUACGCCUUUGGUCUGGGCUACAUGCUGCUAGCAGGCAUAGCGUACUUGAUACGAGACUGGAGAAAGUUGCAACUGGCUAUAUCAGCCCCAGGCUUCCUGCUCAUCUUCUAUAUAUGGUGGGAAAAUUCAAUGAGCAUCUGCACAUUAAAUCCACUGUGUAUUGAGUACAUGAAUACCCUCUUUGUGAUCCACAUUUUAUCCUCUGCCCUUAUUUCUGGCAAUUUCCGUUGCCUCUGUCCACUCUUUCUCGUCUCCCUUCUCUCCCUGUCUACUGUCAUGCUCUCUCUAUCUCCUGUCAGGGUGCUUCCUCAGUCUGCCAGAUGGUUGUUAGCCAACGACAGGAUGGAGGAAGCCAUCGCACUCCUCCGCAAGGCAGCACUCGUUAAUGGCCGGGUCUUACCUCCUGCUGUACAAGUUGAGAAGUGUCAGAUUUUGGAUGGAGGAAAGCGAAGUUAUUCAGCAAUGGAUCUAGUACGAACACCUCAGAUGAGGAAGAGGACUAUCAUCUUGUUCUACAUCUGGUUUGUGAAUGUGCUGGUGUAUUACGGCCUCUCUUUGGGCGUGUCCAAGUUAGGGACAAACCUCUACCUGACCCAGUUUGUGUUCGGGUUGAUUGAGAUCCCGGCUCGUUCUCUCGUCCUGCUUGUCCUGCCCUUCAGUCGCCGACUCUCCCAAAGCGGAUUCCUGGCUGUUGGGGGUCUCGCCUGUCUGCUCAUGCUCGCUGUCCCUGCAGAUCAUCCCAAUGUCCUAACUGGUCUUGCCAUGGUAGGGAAGUUUGGUAUAACAGCUUCCUUUGCUGUGAUCUAUGUGUACACUGCUGAGAUAUUCCCCACUGUGCUUCGGCAAACAGGAAUAGGUGUAUCCUGUAUGUUUGCCAGGAUAGGCGGUGUGUUAGCUCCCAUUAUAAACAUGCUUCAUGACCAUAGCCUCACUACACCUCUGGUCAUCUUUGGUAUCUCCCCGCUGCUGGGUGCUAUCCUGGGCCUGGCACUGCCCGAAACUGCUGACAGACCUCUGCCUGACACUGUGGAGGAUGCAGAAAACUGGGACAUGAGGUCGCCUCCCAACAAGGACAACCCUGAGAUGUCUGAGGACACGAGCCAAUCAGCCAACAGCAAAGAGCAGCAGGAGUUAAGACGUCUUGCCAGUCAGGCCUAAGCUGCACAUUUUCUAUUAUUCACAUAUUAUACAGCCUCAACUUUGUUACCAGAUACAGUACUUACGUAACAUAACAUCCUCUAUGCAAUUACAUGUCAGGAUCUGAUUAAGAGCUCUAUGUGCUUCCAGGAUAAAUCAACAGCCUACUGUUUUAGCAGAUACAGGUAAACACCCGCAAAAGUCAGGAAUAGUCGUCCUGUAUAAUCUUGUGCAUUUCUCAGAUGUUUACACCUUUAUAUUUUACAAAUUUUGAGAAGUGGUUUGAUAUAUUUUGCAUAUGUGGUGAGACAGAAGAAAUAGUUCCCCUUCAGACUUUGCAGACACACAGAUUUCAUAUAUUGAUAAAUCUGAAGAGCUCAAAUCUCUAAACCUGUGCUGAUUUGACGAAUCAGAUUGGACAAGACGACUUUAGCACUUCCUCUCUUAUGCAGUACACAUAGUCCCCUUAAGCAGCUAUUGUUAGGACUUCAUGUUUCAGGACUGAAGGAUUUAUUACAUUUUUGCAUUAAAUAAAAACACUUGUAUAUUUUUGUAUAAAAGUGUAACAUGUCUGUGGACUGUUUGUGGAAUACCUUAGGUGUAUCUUAAUGCUGUAUUGAACAAACUGACUUGUUUUCUAUGUCCUCAUUCUCAAGCCAAGAGAAAGAAAAGCUAAUAAGAUUGCAUGUACUAGUUAACUUUCAGCCUAAUGUACCCUUUUUUUUUUUUAGACUGAUGUAGCUCAUUUGUAUGUUUUUAUGGAUAGUAUGGCAUGUGUUUAUUUCUUUUAAGAUUAUGUUUUUGGGCAUUUUAGGCCUUUAUUGAAAUAGGACAGUUGAAGACAUGAAAGGGGGGAAUGACAUGCAGCAAAGGGCCGCAGGUCGGAGGUGAACCUGCGGCCAUUAUGUCGAGGAGUACACACACACACACACACACACACACACACGCCUGCUUUACCAAGUGAGCUACCCAGGCACCCAGCAUGUGGUUUAAAAUGACUCCCAAAGAUGGUUUGGAUCUGUGAAUUUCUUACAAUUCACUUUUAUUGUAAGUGUUUAAAGGCCCAGUGUGUAAUGGGUUUAGUUGUUCAUUAUCAAAAUCUGUGUUGCCCGUUCACAAACUUGUCCCUUUUCAUGAAUAUUUACCUCCACCAUCAAUUCCAAGUAUUCCUU